GCCGUGGCCGGCGGAGGAAAAUGGCGGCGGAGCGCUGAGGGACGGGACGGGACCGCGCCGGGACAGCUGAGCCGCUCGCCGCUCCCGGUCCAAGCCGCGCCUCCCCGCCCCCGCCGAGAGACCCCCAUGACCGCGGGGACAUCCCGGCAGCCACGUCCCUGAUGCGUCUGCUCCGGCCGCGUAGCUACCGGGCACCACUGAGCGCCCAGGCCUGACCCGUCGGGCCUGACCCGCCGCCGCCCCGAGGCGUCUGCGCCGGGCAGGGGCCGGGGAGGGGGACGGAGGCAGCGCCGGUGCCGCGCCCGCGGCUCCUCCGCAGCGCCCGCCCGGCCCCAGCCCGGCCCGCGGAGGUGCAGCACCGUUUUCGGGCCCAGCCCUCAGCGGCCCCGCCGUCAGGAUGUCCGAGAACCAGCCGAACGCCAACAACCACCACCCGGCCAACAACGCCGGGGCCGCCGGCGGCAACAACCGGGGCGUCCGCAACCCCAACCUCAACCAGAACCCCCUGAUCAACGUGCGGGACCGCCUCUUCCACGCGCUGUUCUUCAAGAUGGCAGUGACCUACGCGCGCCUCUUCCCUCCCUCCUUCCGCCGCGUCUUCGAGUUCUUCGUUCUUCUCAAGGCUCUCUUUGUGCUCUUCAUCCUGGCCUACAUCCACAUCGCCUUCUCCCGCUCUCCCAUCAACUGCCUGGAGCACGUGCGGGAUAAGUGGCCCCGCGAUGGCAUCCUGAGGGUGGAGAUCCAGCGCAACUCCAGCCGGGCCCCCAUCUUCCUGCAGUUCUGUGGCGUGGAGAAGUUCCCAGGAAUGGUGGUUGAGUCCACGACCGAGGAAGAGGAGGAGGAAGAGGAAGAAAUGACUGUGGAUAUGUUUGAAAACAGCUCCAUCAAGUUUGAGCUGGAUAUCGAGCCCAAGGUGUUCCUCAAGCCAUCCCGGGUGAGCAGCACUGAGCUGCCCCACAACGACAGCCAGGAGUUCUCGUUUAGUGACGCAGCCACUAAAGUGUGGCCACAGGAGGAGUACAUUGUGGAAUACUCUCUGGAAUACGGCUUCCUGCGCCUGUCCCAGAGCACCCGGCAGCGCCUCAGCAUCCCCGUCAUGGUGGUGACCCUGGAUCCUACGAGGGAUCAGUGCUUUGGGGACAGGUUCAGCCGCCUGCUGCUGGACGAGUUCCUGGGCUAUGAUGAUAUCCUGAUGUCCAGUGUCAAAGCUUUAGCUGAAAACGAGGAAAACAAAGGUUUCCUUCGCAACGUGGUGUCUGGGGAGCAUUAUCGCUUUGUCAGCAUGUGGAUGGCCAGGACAUCCUACCUGGCAGCCUUCGUCAUCAUGGUCAUCUUCACUCUCUCUGUCUCGAUGCUGCUGCGCUACUCACACCAUCAGAUCUUUGUCUUCAUUGUUGACCUGUUGCAGAUGCUGGAGAUGAACAUGACCAUUGCAUUCCCUGCUGCUCCACUCCUCACUGUCAUCCUGGCUCUGGUCGGUAUGGAGGCCAUAAUGUCUGAGUUCUUCAAUGACACCACAACUGCUUUCUACAUCAUCCUCAUCGUGUGGCUGGCGGACCAGUACGACGCCAUCUGCUGCCACACCAACACCAGCAAGAGGCACUGGCUCAGAUUCUUCUACUUGUACCACUUUGCCUUCUAUGCCUACCACUACCGCUUCAAUGGGCAGUACAGCAGCCUGGCACUUGUCACCUCCUGGCUCUUCAUCCAGCACUCGAUGAUUUACUUCUUCCACCACUACGAGCUGCCAGCCAUCCUGCAGCAGAUCCGCAUCCAGGAGAUGCUGCUGCAGAACCAGCAGGUCGGGCAGGGCACCCAGACCACGCUGCAGGACAACCUCAACAACAACACCACGGCUGCCCCGGUGGAGGCCGGGCCCCGCCGAGCCCCGCUGGCCCCCGGGCCCCUCGGGGAGGGCGCUGGCCCAGCUGCCCUGAGCCCCGGCGAGGCCUCCAGCGUCAUCGCCGCCGCCGCCGCCUCCGUGGGCAGCGACCUCAACUGGGUGGCAGAGACGGCCGCCAUUGUCACAGAGGCCUCGUUCCUGUCUGACCUGAGCACCACCCUGCUGGAGCCCACCGUGGUGCACGAGGCCGUGGCCAACGGGACCCCUCAGGAGGCGGCCGUGGGCUCGGGGUUGGUCGCUCGCAUCAGGGUCAGCAGCGAGCACCCGGAGACAGCCAUGGGCUCCAUCACCAUCGAGGUCACCUCAACGUCCGUGGUGGCUGCAGCAGAUGCUUCCCCCACUGCUGGGGCUGCCCCUCUUGCCCCACUGCAGGAGGGGGUGGUCCCCAGCUCCUCCCUUCCCAAGCAGACUGAGGCUCUGGAGGGCUCAAACAGCCGAGCAAAACCUGGUGGUAAAAACUGCACGGGCAGCAGCAGUGUGGCAGAGCCCCUGCCAGCCUCGGGGGGGGACAGUGACCAGGACAGAGGUUUGGAGGACUGGGGGGAGAGCAGCCCCUGCCCAGCACCAGCAGAGAGAACGCCCAGCUCAGAGCCAAGCUCCAGGAACCUGUCCUGAACCCUGUUGUUGUCACUCUGGACUGCCAGGAAGACAUUUGGAUUUUGUUUGUUACUAUUUCUCACUUCACCAUCAUCCUUAACCCAUGGAUCCCUCUGAGCAGAGCCGGAGCAGCUGGGACAGAGCAGGGCUGCUGUGACCUCCCUCCCCUAGGAAAGGCACUGGGGGGGCUGUGGGAAGGGUGGGGGGUUUUGGUCCCCUGGCUCCUCUGAGGCCACAGGUGAGCCAGCUACCUGUUCCCACCCUGCCCUGCUCAUGCCCUGGCUUUUCCUUGUCCCCCAAUCCCUGGCUUUGCCCCUGCAGCUGUGUUUGCAGUCCAGGUGCUGAUCCCAGGUGGGAGCUGACCUGGGACAGGCCUCAGGCGUGGCAGCUUUGUGUUUAGAGUGGGAGUGGAUAGAACAGGCAGAGUGUCCAGCCCCUGUGGGAGAGCCACAGAGGUGAUUCCUGCUCACCUUUCCUGCUCCUGAGGGGAGGAGGAGCUCUUACCUUCCCCAGGCACAAAGUCUGCCCAGGCUAGGGCACAACCAAAGCAGAAAGCUGCAGUUCAGCCCCUUUUUUCCUGUCCUUAAACUUCCCUUGGUGGGUGGGUUGGGAGGUGGAAGGUGCUGUGUGCAGGUGGGAGCUGCCAUCGCAGGAGCCAUGAGUGAUGCUUGGAGGGAGCUGUGCUGCAGUGGGGUGAGUGAGGGCAGCAGCUCUGUCCUGCACAGCUCUGCUCUGGGUGAAGCAGCUGCUUUCCAGUGCCUUGUCCCUCCUGGGGGACACGUCUGUGUUUAGAAUCAGCCCCAUCCCAGAGGAGAGAGCAGCUCCUCAUGCCUGGAUUGUUGCAUGAGCUGAUUUAGCAAAGAACCAAAACACUAAAGCCAAGACAUUUCAGCUGGUUUUCCCACGUUUCCCUGGCAGUGGAGCUGAGGCUGGCAGAACCUGACCUGUCCCAGGAGGCUGAGCUGGGGGGCUGCCUGUGUUCCCUGCAGAGGGGCCAGCUCCAUGCCAGGGUGUGCUGCAAGGAGGGUUUGUGCAGGGAGGUGGAGCAGAGUGAGGCAGGAUGAAGCUCUGGGAGAAGCACGGUGGGACGGGGCAGGGACAGGAGGUGACAUGUGGGCACUUGGCUCUCUUGGGGACAGCUGGGUCCCUGCACAGAUGUCCCUGAGUUCAGUGUUUUUCCCCUAUGGCUGAGCAGUGUCUGGGGUCCAUCCCCUCGGGGGGCUCCGUGCGUUUCAGUGUUACCUUAUCAACACGGGGGGGCUCAGAGCCCCCUCCUCACCCCUCUGCCUUUCCCACCUGGGUGCCCCCUUUUUGUUUUUUUUUCCUUUUUACCUGGAGCAGCCAUGGUGCUGUUCCAGGGCAGGGGGGACCCUGCUGUGACCAGCAGGUCAAAUCUUGCUGCUGCCCUCACUCCUGAGAAGGAACCGUGUGGCCAACUGGCUCCCAGCCUCUGGAGUGCCAGGAAUGACCACGGGCCUUUCAGAGGAGUGGGUGGGAGGGGAAGGGGGGACACCAAACCAAAUGAUUUGAUGAAUGAAGAGUAGAGUUCAUUCUAUUUAAUUAAUGUACAAAAUGUGUUUGUAUAUAAUAAUAAAUA